AAUUUAGUGUGUAACAAUUUUCUCAGCCACCAGACACUGUACAUCCCAUUUUCUUCCAUUCUUCUCAUUCUUUGCAGUUUCCUUCAAACCAAAUUUCACCAUAAAAAACUCCUACUUUAUUGACCUCACUUCUAACCCAAUAUGCUACUAUUACUAAAGUGUUUAAGUAUAUAUAGUUGUCAUCAAUAGGUGACUUGAAUGGAGGACUUGCAAGCAAGUAACUAACAGGAAGAAAUAGAUCAACAAAAAUGGGAUCUGGGGAGCCUGAAGAGAACAUCACUCACAUGGAUGCCUGGCUGUAUAAGGCAGCAGCAGAAGGCAACAUUGAAGUAUUCAAUAAUAACCAGGGACUUCAGCUUGAGUCGCUAAAGACCCCAAACCAUGACAACAUUCUCCAUCUUAACUUGGCAACCCAGGGGAAUGCUGUCUGGCUUUUUAACAGAGUUCACUCAAUAUUCGAAUUCUUCCCCGAACAAGUUGUACUCUUCCUCGUAGAUUUUGUAUCAAGACCACAGGCUUUCCAUAUUAUCAUAAAUGUGAUAAAAAGAGAAAAGAGAUUAGAUUUUAUCAAACAAAUUCUCAUUAAGUGUCCACCACUGCUACUUCAAACGAAUGCUAAAUGUCAAAUUCCUUUGCACGUUGCAGCAAGGAAUGGGCAUUUGGCCGUUGUGAAACUUCUAAUCAAGUCUUGUGCAAAAGCUAGAGAUGGAGAUUUAGAGAAGCUGGGAACGGAUCAAGUAAAUACAGUGAGGGAGAUGCUGAGGAUUACGGAUCAGGAAUCCAACACGGCUUUACAUGAAGCAGCACGGUGUGGCAAUGUCGAAGUGGUGGAAGCAUUGCUGGAGUUUGAAGACCCUGAUUUUCAGUAUUCUGCCAACGAAAAACAGGAGACUCCACUUUACAUAGCAGCUAGGAGGAGAGGAUCUGGGCGCUUGUUGACUCUAUUAUUAGAUAAAUUCGAACCAACGCAUCAUGGCGGGCCCCACGAUAGAACAGCUUUGCAUGCAGCGGCUAUGGCUGGAGAUGCAGAGGCAAUAAGGGUAAUAUUAAAGAAGAAGGGGAAUUUGACAAAGGAAAGAGAUGAAGAUGGACAGACCCCUCUUCAUUAUGCUGCACACUUAGGUGGUAGAUUAUCAGUUGUGGAAGAACUGCUAAAAAGGGAUGUUCCAGCUGCCUACAUAGGUGAUAAAAAGAGGGGGAUGACACCCCUUCUUAUGGCAGCCAGGCAAGGUUAUGUUGUGAAAGAAUACACAAAGAACUACAAGAUAAAGCUAUAG